ACUCAUGGCUGUGGCCCCGAAGCCAGGGGCUAAGAGGCCUGACCUUCUGGAAGCACAGUGAGCGGCCUUGUCCUUUGGCCUUAGCAGCCUAGUGAGGAGCGCCCAUUGUUGUUCCUGGUGAGGGUUCUUAGUGCCCAGCAAGACCGAUUCACCUCCACCAGGAGCAGGAUGGAGCACUACCGGAAAGCUGGCUCCGUAGAGCUCCCAGCGUCUUCCCCAAUGCCCCAGCUACCUCCUGACACCCUGGAAAUGCGGGUCCGAGAUGGGAGCAAAAUUCGAAACCUGCUGGGACUGGCACUGGGUCGGUUGGAGGGUGGUAGUACAAGACAUGUGGUGUUCUCAGGUUCUGGCCGCGCUGCAGGAAAGGCUGUCAGCUGUGCGGAGAUUGUGAAGCGGCGGGUUCCAGGCCUGCACCAACUCACAAAACUGAGCUUCCUGCAAACAGAAGACAGCUGGGUCCCAACAUCACCGGACACGGGCCUAGACCCCCUCACAGUGCGCCGUCACGUGCCUGCAGUGUGGGUAUUGCUGAGCCGGGACCCCUUGGACCCUAGUGAGUGUGGCUACCAGCCCCCAGGAGCACCCCCUGGCCUGGGCUCCAUGCCCAGCUCCAGCUGUGGCCCCCGACCCCGAAGACGGGCUCGAGACACCCGAUCCUGAAGACCUGCUGAGCCUGUCUGUACUCUAUACCUUAACACCUGGGAUGGCUGUGCCUUCUCUGAGAAGUACUUGUGACUGCCGUCUCAACAAGGCUGGAGUCCACCCAAGUGCUGUUUCCCCUUCCCUCUGGAAUGUGGGAUGGGACUGCUGAGAAGAACGACGAGUGUGGGGGUCUGUGCUGAGUUGAAAACUGUUUAAGGAGGGCUUACUCUGUCUGGACCUACAGUACAUCUGAUCUGCCUUUUCUGACAGAGGUCCUGAGAAAGGGAAUAAAAGUUCUGCCCAUUUGUUUAGCCUGCUGUGUGGAAGUGGGAUUAAAGGAAUGGGAAUCUCUGCCUUUCCCCUGAGAGCUCAUGGCUGAAGACAGGAAGGGUAGAUACAGGCUGCUGGGUGGAUCUAAUGUCAGUAAGACUUCCAGUAAUAACCUGGAUGGCUUUUUGCCACCUGCUUUAGGCAGGUUUAGGGACUCUGUCAGGUCAGACAUUUUCCCUCAUCUGUGGCAUAUGUUAUAAUAUAGUGGGAUCAUGGAUUCAGGCAUUGGCCCAACUGGGUUUUAAUCCUGGUUCUCUUGCAUUGUGAUCUUGAAUAAAUUACUGCUCUGAGCCUUAGUGCUCUCAUCUGUAGAGAUACAAUGGUGCUUUCUUCAUUAAAGUUGUUACAAAGAAUAAAGAGAUGUACAUAUA